AUGAGCGCUGGCAAGCCGCGGAGGACCGGGGAGCCAGCGGCCACGCACAAAAGAAAAGUUGUUGAGCUUCUCUUCGGCGGGGCUGGCAGGCGGCGGUUCCCCUUCCUGGCCCUGGGCCACCCCACGUCACCGCGCCGGGGCCGCGCUCGCCCAGGGCCGCAGGAUGGGACUGCCCCGAGCACGGCACAGGAAAAGCACAAGGAGAAGGUUCUUUCAAACCGGCGCUGGGGGCAGCAGAGGAACCCUCGAGUAACGCGGCCGCCGAAUGCCGCUGCCGAAGGCUCCAGCUUCGCCAAGCGCCGGGAAACGAAGAACAACACGGCCGAACCACAGCGCUCCGGCCGGGACCGUCCCCCGCCCCCGUCCUUAGGGAAAGGUCCGCCGCUGAGCUUGGCCCGGGACGGAGGCUGUGCCACAGGCGUGCCCCGCCGGCCCGAGGGUUUCGCCUGUUGCCUGCCUGUGGCACAGCCUCGCUCUGCGGCCCUGAGCCCCCGCCGAGGGAAGCACCGGGGCCCGCCCCACCUCAGCUCUCCCCCUACCGUGACCGCGGCUGGGAAUCGUGUCCGCCUUCAGCGUCCUCGGAGUCGCCGGGGCUCCAGCCGCGUUGAUGGUAGGAGGGGGAGCCGCCAAACUCCGUGCCGCGGCCGCCCUUAUUCGAACGGCAGCGCCCGCCCCCCGCUGCCGCCCAUUGGGCACGGGCGGGCCGGGGGCGUCUGGCGGGCGGAGCGCGAAUGGCGGGUGCGGCACACGCGGGGGGCUGCAGGGGGCGCGCUCCCGUGAAGGUGCGGGGACACAGGCGGGAGCGCGGGGGUGAGCGCCGCUGUGAGGUGGGGACACAUGACGGGGCAGGACACGGAGUACUGGAAGCCCACAGUGAGUCAGGGGACACGUGUGUCACACGCAGACACCCCACCCUGCCUUGCAGUGCCAGCUAGGUAGGAAUCCUCAGCAACCCCCAAACGUGUCCUGACCUACUAGUGGGGCCUCACCUCACCUGGGGGAUCCUGGCCUUGUCCCCAUGGCCACAGCCCUAUUUCAUGCUGUAGAGGCCCAGAGAAGUUUAGGCAUGGACUGGACUGUGGUGGUGCAUGUCCCUGCCACCGCCCAGGCCCCACCAAGACCUGAGAAACGCCUGUUAGACUUUGUCCUUCACAAACAGCACCUGGGCUAAGCCCUUCUUGAGCUUUUUUUAUAUAUUCUGUUGCAAGGAACUAACAGAUGUUUAUCAAGCAUCUGUUUUUUAAUGAACACACUUGGAAACUUAAUUUUCUUGCCUGAGUAACAACCCAAGUGAAAUCCUAUUUUUGUUGUUGAACCUUCAACCAACGCAAGUUGUGGCCAGGAUGGAAAAUGGCUAAUGACCUAUGAAGGUCUCCUGGGACCAAAUCCAGAAAGGUCUCAGCAAUCCAAAGUGAGACCCUUUGAGCUCUCAAUUAUAAGGGGCUAAUGCAUACUGAAGCCCACUCUUUAAUAACCCUAUAAACUGCAGUCCAGAGUAAGUCUUUCUGAGCAUUCUAUUCCCAGAACAUAAGAGAGCUAAUGUGUAUGUCUCAAACAUAGGUAAUUGGAUGGCUGUGGAGUUACUGGAGGACUGGAGGUAAUAAACAAGGACUGGUGAUAUUAACAUGCCAUAAGCAAGUGCAAGAUGUGACUGAAGAAGGGGAGCAAGGUGAGCCAGAACUAAAAGAAAGACACCUUACCCCCAACAAGCCUUCUGACCCAUUUCCAGGAAGACCUGAAAGAGCAGACUGUACAUGAUAAUUUGCAUGGAAAAUGAGAAAUUCCUCUUCAGGAUGGGGGAACCUAUCCAUAAAAAGGUACCCUGCAAUUUCCAUGUCAACCUAAACCUUCCAUAGCACAACCAGAGGCCCUUCCCUCCUGUCCUGUUGUUUGUCCCCUGGGAGCAGAGCCAGACCCCCACCUGGCUCCACCUCCAGUCAGGGAGUUGUGGAGAGUGAGCUGGGGUAUAGAGCUCCAGCUUUUGGUGGCUGUGGUCAAAAGACUCUUGGCUUUGUAUGGUAUCCAAUGAAAGCAUCUUCUGGGGUGAAGCUGUUGUUUUUUGAACAAAGCCUUGUCCCCAAAAAUUGUUGAAAUUUUGAACAGUUUUCAAAGAUCACUGUAAAAAUCCAGCUGCUAUAUUAAUUCACUAAUUGCCAAGUCAAACUGACCUGAAUAUUGUUUUGAUGCAGAAAACUUCUGGGUUUAUUGGUAAAUUCUCUAUCCAGGUAAAGUCAAGGCUUGGCCAGGGCCUAGGCUUUAAACUGGAAUGAUGCCUCUUAACUCAUUCUCAAAGCAAGGGUUUUUUUUAAAAAAAAUAGCAGCUAUAAGAUACUUUAAACAUUGCAAACUUUUAAAAGGCAUUUGUAUAAAACAAAUGAUCAGAUGUCUUAGGUAAUUGACUAAUUAAACCAUUCAGCAGUUAAUUUAAUCUGAAGUU